GGAUGGAGGUGUGACGUCGCUGCCCGCAGAGAGGCCCACUCGGGCGGGAGAGGAGCGAGGCAAAGACGCCGCAGAGAGGCGAGCAGCUAGGCGCGGCGACUCUACACGAAUGUGAGGCUGGUGGCGGAGGAGGAGGAGGAGGGGGUACACGCCGCCACCUCCACCGCCCCGUCGCGGUGCGUCUGCAUCGGGAGCGACAGGGACAUGUCCUCGCCGAACGAGGAGCAGAGAUGGGUCCCGACACACGUCCAGGUGACGGUGCUGAGAGGCAGGGGACUGCGGGGCAAGGGCAAGCACGGCACCAGCGACGUCUACACCGUCAUCCAGUUCGGCAAGGAGAAGUACUCGACGUGCGUGGUGGAGAAGACCACCGAGCCGGAGUGGCGAGAGGAGUGCUCCUUCGAGCUGCUGCCCGGCGUGCUGAUGGAAGGCGGCGGGCGGACCGGCCAGCCGGCGGGGAGCAGCGAGCUCGUCCUCACCGUCAUGCACCGCGCACUCAUUGGCCUUGACGUGUUCCUGGGCCAGGCUCUCAUCCAGCUGGAUAAGGUCUUCCAGGAGAGCAGAGGCGUCAAAAACCAGUGGUACCGCCUGAAUUCCAAGACGGGGAAGAAGGAGAAAGAACGAGGUGACAUUCAAGUCAGCAUCCAGUUCAUGCGCAACAACCUGACGGCCAGCAUGUACGACCUGGUCAUGAAGGACAAGAGCGCCUCCACCUUCAGCAAACUGAAGGAGCGCAUGAGGGGCAAGAGGAGGUCCAGCGAUGAAGACUCCUCCUCUGCCGUCCUGCCGGGCGGCUACGGCUCGCUGUACCGCAUGCGCCAGCGACUGCCCAGCGACGGCGGCGGGGAGGAGGACUACGAGGAUGACGAGGGCGGCGAGGUGCGGCGGAGCAAAAUGAGGACGUUCUUCCUGAGGGGGAAGCUGAGGAAGUCGUCUGACACGCGCUCCAGCACGUCGCUGGGAUCGGAGAGCAGCGAGUCCUCGCGAGGGGGCAGCCUCAGCCCCACAGCGGGCAUCAGUGUGGUGGUCUCUGACCUCUCCAACUCGCCGAGCAACAGCAGCAACCUGACCGCUGACAGCCCAGAGCACACAGCCGACACAUCUCCCAAGUUGUCUCCCCUCCGGUGUGACUUUAGCGAUGACUUCAGUGAAAUCACCAUAGCAGUGCCUCAGCUCACUGUGGGCGUCAACGGAACGCACAACAUCCAGUCCCAGGACCAUGGCACGGGAGAUCCAGAAGGUUCCCUCGGCCUGGGACAUCUGCAGAAGACUUUGCCUCUCUCCGUGUCUUUACAGAACCUCCAUCCAAGAGCCUCCACGGACCUUCUGCACGGCACGGUUGGAGACGGACGCCGCUGGUCUUUUGAUAAGGCUGGCGAGGAGGAGACGGCGGCGAUAGCUGCAGCCCUGGAAAAAAACUGCCCUGCGCUGGGAGGGGAAGAAGACUUGGAAAGGAAGAACUUGCUUCCCAACGGAAGGAGCGAGACCGCGGGGGGUCGGACCCGGGACGGGCCUGAACACAGCACAGCCGCUGAAGGGAAACACAAAGACUGGUUUGGAUCCAAGGAGUUACACUGCAAACCGAGCCUGGUGGUGUCCCCAAUACUAGACCCCAACACUGACACACCCUUUCCGCCCCUCCCGACUAAACACCACCCCCCGCUUCCCCUUUCAGCUCCUCUUUUUCCGCUUUCCCCUCCGCAGCACUCAAACCCCUUCUGUCGCUCACAGCCGACGACGCCCACCAUGUCACCCGGCAACCCUUUUCUGUCAUUUGUCCAGCACAACCCUUUCUAUGAAGACUUGGCGACUCCACCACUAAAGGCCUCGCUACCUCCUCUACCGUUCCUCUCCAGUUCCCGGCCGCCCAUAGCACAACUCUUUCCCCAGUCAGGUAGCCUUAACCCAGCCCAGUCCUGUGACAGUCCAAGUUCCGAGGACUUUAUCACUUGCAUGUUCAACGUGUCAUCUUCUGUUUCUAUUUCCACGGGAGAGGCUUUAAGCAAAAAGGCCCCCAACCCCUUUACACCCGCUGAGGAUCAGGAACCCGACCCAGCGUGGGACGAAUCCUUCCAAGCGUUUGCAUCCUUAAGGCUGCUGGUUCCCAAAGACCAGACCACAGCUGACCAAACAUGUGAGAGCUUGAGCUUCACCAGUGCUUGUCAGGAGAACGGUAGUGAGAAAGGGACGAAGGACGGAAUCAAUCCUAAAGCUUCCGGUGUUAUUGUCCACUGUCUGGACCCGAUCCCUGAGGAUGCAGGCUUUGAGUGGCACAACAAAAUGUUCAGCACGUUGGUUAUCUCUCCAACAUCAUACCCUCAACCUGAAGCACAUCAAGCUAACAGCAUAGCUAAUACAAAUAUCUUAACUAGCGAUCAUCCCGCAGCCUGUCACACUUCCUGUUUAGCGGAUCCUGCAGGUUCCUCGGAUUUAGGCAGUUCUGUUGACGAGGACCUCCUCUCCUGUCUUUCUUCGAAUGCAGCGUCAGACAUGUUCUCAGCUCAUUCCGCAGAUGAUACCGAGCCGCAGAAGUGUGAAAGUAGCAUUCCCAGCUUGGAGAUCUUGUCUGAAUCAGUUAUCAGUUCAAAGGAUCGCAGCUCCGGACAGGAUCUCUUAACUGGUGCAGCCCAGAAAAUUGUGAUUCAGAGCCAACGGGACUCUGUGAAGGAAGACUGGUCACCAGGAGGCGUCCCCGUACAAACCCCAGCAAACAAGGUCCUGCAACCAAAGCCCAACAGCUCUCCACACUCUAACCAGGAGCUUGAAGAGCAAUGCAAAGGGGAUUCCAGUGGAUCCCUGGAGGAGUUUUCAUGUGCCGGUGAUGAAGCGUGCUCCUCUCCGCCAUCUUUCGCCAUCAUCACCUCGUCUCCAGAUGCGGGGAAGUCCUUACCCUUUGAGGACAUGGGAGGACAUGGACCCGUCGGGCUUUUUGGGGAUCUCCUUGCUGUCAACUGGCAGACGUUUGACCAGAGUAGCAGACUCAACGUGAGCGCUGACUCGCUGGACUACCAAAGUUGCCGGUCUCAACAAUCCCCUGAGUGUUCUACCAUGUUAGAAUUGACUGAGAUGCUAGACGCUGAGAACGCCACCUUCUGUGAAGAGUCUGGAGAGCUUCCGAGCCCAGAAGGUUCUACUAAUGGACCAAAGAACCAAACUGAGUGGUUUACAGAGUCUCUGGUCAUGGAGGACAUAAAAAGUACACGUGAGCCAGGUUUUACUGCAAAUGGUGACCAGAGAUUGCAAGUUCUUCUUGGGACUCCAACAGACUUGAAUCUAACCCCCAGCGAGGGGGCUCACUGCGCCCUUCGAGAUGAUACGUUUUUGAAGAACCCCCUGCCACCGCUUCCCACGUUGCACCGCUCCCAGUCCGAGGGAACACUCGCGACCGCCUUGGACAAGCUCCUCCCACUAUCUUUCUCCUCCCAGUGUGAUCUUGAUCUCCCCUCCCUUUUGACCUCCUCCGCUACUCCUCUACCUCCUCAAAGUAGCUGCUUCCCAUCUUUCCUGUCUUCUUUUUCUGACGCCGCCUCGCCACCCAGCGUGCUGGACUCGCCCGCCCCUGCAAAGCCAAAAUCUCAGGAGGUGCAGGAACGGCAGCAGCACGCCGCUCGUCAGAAGAACAGCCCCCACCUGGUGAAGCCCCUCAGCACCGGCACGCUCGCUGAAGGUCGCUCGGUCCUGGAGAAACUCAAAUCUACCAUCCAUCCCGGGAGGAGCAGCCAGCCCAUCGAGCAGGAGGCAGAUAGGAAGAAGCCUCUGACAGAGGGCGCCGGUUCCUACUACCACCUGACCCACAGCGAGCUGAUCGGGCUCCUGGUGCAGCGGGAGGCGGAGCUCGAAAGGAAAAAGGCGGAGUUUCAGCAGCAGAAGGCUCUGCUUGCCAAGCGGGAGGUGGAGCUGAGGAGGCUGAAGCCGCAGGUUCGAGAUCUGGAGGACUACAUUGACACACUGCUGGUGCGCAUCAUGGAGCAGAAGCCCACUCUUCUGCAAGUGCGCUCCAAGUUGAAAUGACGGCACGCUUUGGGAGGGGUGGAUGGAGUGAGGGUUGGCGCUAUCCUCCGCAAAACCGCUUUUUAGUCUUUUCACUGCUAUGCUGUCCUUUUUGAUACGAAUAUUUAGGCACUGAGAGAUGCUGAGGCGUUUACUCGUCGUGCUAGAAGGGUGUGGUCUUCAGGAAUGUACUAGCCGGUCCUCAGGUUGCUUUCAGGUCACCGAAUUGGUUUUAAGCUUGCCGAGAUGUGACAGAUGUUUUAAGUUGACCUUUUUGACUCGCGUUGUCAUUUUCACCACUUGAUUCUAAAUGAGUUGAACCAUCGUACGGUCCUAGACAGAGAGUGCGGCAUCGACAUAUAGACUAAAAAGGGAUGCGAUGACACGUCACCGACCAAAGAACUGAAGGCAAUAAAUGUUAGCAUCAGUGACGUCAAAAAAGGAAUGGGAACAGCAGUGUUUUUAUCGGGGAAAAAAAUAAACAAACCUGCAAUGCGAGUUAUUAUAAAACUUCACAACCAGAAGAAAAUCGUAGUGGUAGCAGCAACGUGGAUUGCUCAGAUUCGUUUCCCUGGUCACAUUUGUUCUGCCGCUUGUUGCUAGGCAGAAUUCGUAGGGCUUAAUCAUAACUGCCCCAUGGGCGAAUUAACAAAAAGAGCACUAUGCUAGCCAGUCUUAUUAACGUUCAGAUUAAUUAUGUUAUGCAACUCAAUUUCCAAUUGGAUUGCCCGUCUGUUUUUAAUAUGAAAUUAUGUUUACGAAAAAUGCCCCCAUGCUAGGCAAGAGUCUAAAAUCUGAAAGUGUGCGUUGAGACGUGUCACAACUCUCAUACCCGGGCUAGUUUUUCUGCAAGUUAUGCAUAGUCAUCAUUUGAAGGCCGAUGCUAGCUCACAAAUGGACUGGUUCUUUCGCUCUUCGGGGUAUUCCUUCUUUUUUGGUUGUGGUUUGGUUUGUGGGCAUGUGAGCCGCGCCGGCGACUGGCUGACGACAUCAUCACUCUGUACUUGCCGUCACAGCUUUAGAAAAAAAACAAAAAAACAUGCUUGACUGCCCUUGCUUGGUGACGCCGCCCGCACUUCUACUGGAGCACACACGCCGCCAACCGCUUCAGGGUGUGUACAACACAGUUAAGCGUAGACUGAAAUGCCAAAUGCGCCUUAAUUUUUCUUUAACUGGUCACUUUUCUUUAAAUCGUGCACUUCCUCUUAAAUGCCAAUUGUUUUUCCUGUUACUGAUAUUGUUUAGAUCACUGCACAACAAUAACAUGUAUGCAUAGCAUUGGAGAGCGAGCAAAGAUGGCCGUUCAUUGUAAAAUUAAAGAAAAGCAGCAAUACAAAGUAUUUUGCUCUGAUGCCACUCUUGAACAGCUUUUGUGGGUGUCCUUGCACUUAUUCAUUACAAUGUGACUCGACUGUAUCCGCCUACUGAUAGUAGAUGUACUUCACUGCACUUCCCGGUCGCUCGACUGUUCUCUCGGUUCUGCUGUGUGAUCACCAUGAGUAGACUGUAGAGACGUGAUGCAUACAUGUGACUCUGCACUUACCAAUGAAUACUUCCAUGUCUUCCAUUUUCAAGCUUUUUAUUCAACCCGAAUGUAUUUUUGUUGUUGUGGGCGCUGCAGGCCUCGGAAAGGGAACGUUUACAAUCCGUGAUGCAAUUCUGUUUCACAAAUUUUGUAUAUUUAAUAAAGAAUGUUUAGUGUUUCUUCCUCACCGUA